AUGGCUCUUGUUGGAAGAGUUACGUUUCUGUGGAUUUUAACGUCAUUUUUUCUGUUAUUCGUCGUUUUGAAACUCGACAGAACAAUAAACUGGUUUUGGUUGGUGGUCUUCGUGCCUAUGUGGAUACUUGAUGUCGUAACCGUCGUUUAUAUCGUCGUGACACUUUUAUACGAUUAUCGACGGGGGGAUCCUCCGACAGUGAUGGAUGAUUUUAACGUCUUAAAACGACGUAAAUUUAUACUAAUAGGUAUGUUCGUGUUGAAGAUAAUCUUUAUGAUGCUUCUGUGUCUAAAACUUGACGGUUUCACGAAUGCGUCGUAUCUGUUUAUUUGUAUACCGCUGUGGAUUGUUCUGACGAUGUUGUUUAUUGAUAGUUUUAUCGUAACGUGGAGGGAAGGGAAGAAGUAUCGUCCGCAGUAGAAUGAGUGUGUGGUAUUGGAUAUAGAUUUAAUUCGAAGACGUGAAAUAGUGAUAAUCAAUAGUGAUAAGAUUCAAUAUUUAAAAUGAUAUACGAAGGAAAGAAAUAAAGUGUGGUAGAAGUA